GGUUCAGGAGCUACGUAUCCAUGACAUCCGCGCAGCAACUGUUGUCGUAGGUGGUGCUAGCGUUAGCAUAAAAAAUACUCAACCCUAGUGUCUGAACACAAUUAUUUAUUUCGAACUACAAGCCUAACUGGCAAGCAGUUUCCGGACCACACAGGAAAUAAUAUUUAGAUUAACUUUAAGAAAAACAUAUUUUAGGAAAAUUUUACAGCGCCAUUAUUUGUGCCUUAUUAUUGUCAUCGUUUAUUUUUACGCCUAGCCUCCCCUAGCAUCACCUCCCUGUUCAGCAGCGUUCUUGAGGGCUUUCUUUUUUUCCUGCGGACCAACGACAGAAGAAAUGUUGGAGCACCUCUUAGACUGUCCGCAGCGAGUCCAAGAAGCAGAGACAAGGAUGCGAAAUGUGGGCUUGAGCCCAUAAAACGGAGACAGAAUGAUUUCACGGUACAACAGGAGACCUGUAUCCCACAGACUGGAGAUUCGUGGGUUGUCUCGAAGCAGCCUCGACCAUCAUCCUCUCCCCGAAGAAGCAGAUGAUAAUCAAACCUCUCGUCGCCACCUCCAUGACUUGCAGGAAGUCGUCUCUGCACACAACAGCUCACAGACGUCUAGUGCUUCAGGCCACUCUGACUGCCCCACUGUGAUCUCAGUCGCCUCCAACCGGUCCUGGUCCGGCAUUCACAGCUCCACAGGGACUGGCAUCUCCACAGAGAGGAGCUCGGUUUUCUCCUGGGGCUACGAUGAGUUCGACAAGGCAGCGUCGCGGCAGGUGCAGCAAAUGUUUGAUGAGAUCGACAAAGAGCUGUACGAAGGGAGAGGCAGUGAAGGAGCGAUCCUCCAGGGGCUGCAGGAUGAGUGUCAGCAAUGGACCGCAUGCUUCCCACAUCUUCGGAUCCUAGGGACCCAGCUUCUGAGUCCCACUGAUGAGGGCUUCCAGUGGUUUGCUACUCCAGGGACAAGAAGCGCAGCCAGCAGUCCGUCAGCAGGCAGAAAAAGUAGCGUGAAGUCCCAGGAGAAGGAUAAAGGGGGUGCAGAGUUAAAUGUUCAGGGCAGAAAAGCUGCGCUGAUCAAGUCCUCAUCCCCAGAGGUGAAUGGUCCUCCUAACAACUUUGGUGGCUCUGGCAGCCAUGACAAGCCACGAGUGAUUGAAGCAGAGGGUCUAAUAGAGGAGUACUUGGCCUUUGAUAGCAGGGAUGAUGAGUGUUACGAGGACUGUUUGGAGUCGGGUCGAAGGCACCACUGUCUGCCUCCUGUCUCACCACACUGGUGUCGCCGUCAAGCCGUUCUGGAUUUGCUGUUUGAUGAUGUGUGGCGGGAGCUGGUUGGCUGGAUGAAGGAGUUGGUUCAACGCCACUGGGAAUGCUGCACCUCCAAUGAUGAAACAAUUUCUGGCAGCUUGAGUCCUGUGCUGCCAGACUCCCAGAAUCCAUUAAUGCUGCUUUCCACGCUGCCCACAAUUCUUCCUAAACUCAGCCAGAACCGGGUGCCACCACUCGCAGCCGGCCAGCAAAUCCAGAACACAAACUCAAGGGACUCAAAGCACAAGUCCAGAUGGAAAGCCAAAAAGCAGAAAAGGCCUUCCGUUGCUGGUCGAGCGCCUGUCGGAGCGGCAGCAGCGCAGCACAACCUGAACGACCUCAUCGUGAUUCACAGCAUCCCCCUGCAGCAGAGAAAUCAGGAGCCAGAGGAGCGUGCGUCUCACAGGCCAGGCUCCAGUGUGGUUGUCUCCAGCAAACCUCGUCCUCGCAGAGCUUUGGAGCAGAGCUCUUCCUCGCUGUCCCGUCCCCCGCAGUCAGCUCGACGCAGAAACCCUCCCCCUCGAACCUUACUGCCUCUGGUUCCGAGCUCAAGUCAGUCCAGCACAGGAGGAUACCUGGACGAGGUCGUCCGUGGGACACGUCUAACCACAGCCAGUGACCGACUGACGUCUCCAUUGUUGCCGCUGAGCCGAAACACCCCGCUUCCCCCCAUCGGCACCGGGGACUCUGAGUCGUCUCAUACAGGGCAGCAGUCCAGACUUGUACAGCGUCAGAAAGGCCACUCCAGCCGUGCCCACAGUGCUGUUAACAACGAGGCAGGUAGUUCCUUACCAAGAGAUCAUCACCACCUGCUGGAUGUCUUCUCUCGUCCCAACACAACUCACACAUACAGAUCGGACACUCCGUACCGGAGUUCCUUCACCGUUCUGGACAACAUCGGGCAGGGGCGGCCAGGCCGAGCCUCCGUGGGCACAGACUCUCUGGGAAUCGGCGUGACGGGCAUCAGUCUUGGCAUUAACAGCUCAUCCUUUUUGGACUCGUUUCACCACCCGCUGGGACACUCGCCCAUCAAAGACGGGGAGGAGCCAGAACCACAAGCCCCCGUCCCAGCCCCUCUGGUGCCGGUGUCAGCCCCACCUCGGUCCUACCCUCGAGGGGGGAUGCUGUCCAGAGCUAGCAGACCUGGCAUGUAG